AAAAAAAAUAAAAAUUCAUAAGCAAUAAAUAAGUUCAAAAAAAUGAAUAAAAAAAUUUGGUGUGUUACACUUAUUUUGCUUUUCUUGGCUAAAUUUAAUUGCUAAGAUGCAAAAAAUACUGUUUCUGUUUAAUCUUUGACUGCUUAUAACAAAUGGAGAUUUUCAAAUUAAAGACUCUAUUUAAAUGAAGAAGAAGAAAUCUUUAGAUAAGCAAUUUUCUUAGAAAAUUUUGCAAAGAUCCAAGAGUUCAACCAAGACGGCAACAAAACUUAUGAACAAACUUUGAACUAAUUUUCAGACAUGACUUAGGAUGAAUUUGCUUAAAAAAUUCUAAAUCCAGUUCUUUCUGCACCUAAAAAUACCCCCACAGCAUACUCAGCUACUCUCUAUGAAGCUCCUUAGAACUUUUAGAUUCCUGACUCUUUUGAUUGGAGAGCUUAUGGUGCAGUCACAUCAGUGAAAAACUAAGGCUAAUGUGGUUCUUGUUGGGCUUUUGCAGCUACUGGUGUUAUGGAAUCGUUUAACUAUAUUCAAAAUAGAUAAUUGAAAAGCUUUUCUGAAUAACAGUUAGUUGACUGUGUUACUACAAGCAGAGGUUACAACUCCUAUGGUUGUUAAGGAGGAUAUCCUGAAGAAGCUUUGUCUUAUUCUAAAAACUAUGGUGUUUUGCAAUCUCAUGAAUAUCCAUAUGUCGGAUUUUAAGGUAAUUGUAGAGUUUAAUAACCUACAAGCGGUUACUAUCCUAAAGAAUUCGGUUAACUUACAAAUACUGUUGAUAAUUUGAAAUGGGGUAUUUCAUUUUCUCCUGUCUCAGUUCUUGUUGAUGCUACUAAUUGGGGUUCUUACGGUUCAGGUGUUUUCAACAACUGUGAUUCUUAUGUUAGAAUCAAUCACGCUGUUCUUGCAGUAGGAUAUGAUAAAUAAGGCAACUGGAUAAUUAAAAACUCAUGGGGAACUUAUUGGGGUUAGUAAGGUUACAUGACCUUAGCUGCUGGUAACAACUGUGGAAUCUUAACCUCCAACUGGUUUGUUUACAGAGCAUGA